GCCGGUUCGUCCUUCCAAGCGGUCAUGCACGAACACAGCCCGCAAGGGCUUUUCCGGCGCAGACCGUUAAAACUGGUUGGACUUUGUUGAGCACAGGGAGCGUCAUAGUGCUGGUUCUCCAAGCUCUCAUUCAAAGGUUCCUUCCUGGCUUCUUCAUGAACAGGGAAGUGAGGAAGGCUGGGCAAAGGCUGAAAAGGACAGAGCCCGCCCCUGCACGGCCGGUCGAGGAGGAAUACAUCAAGGACUUCAUCAAUUCACCUCAACGUGACUUGAAGCUGAACGAGGCGCUACCCCCAGCGUUACAAGCCGUAGAUUUGCCCCGAUAUUACCCGUCAAAUGUCGAAUUUUUGCUGGAACGGGUGAAUGAGACGUCCAAGCGCCGAACAGGCAGUGCCGUCGUGGUAUACCUGCAACUCACAACCAAAAGCCGCGGAGACAAAUUUAGCAGGGAUGCCUGUGAUGACAUUGCUUCCACCCUCGGUGCCUUCGCUCGCAACGUCACCUACGACAAUGCCGCGUGCAAGUUCAUUUUGGAGGUCAACGUGUCUGCAGUGGCAGACAUCAUCAAAGAAAGGUUUAACAUGUCAGAUUUGGUGGUGGUGCGACCACUACCUUUCGAAGACUUCACGUCUGUGGUCAAGGAGGUGGCAAAGCAGGGAAACGACUUCCGGACGCUGAACAAGGUUCUUGCCGACGACAAGAUAGAGGAGGUGUUGAAGCCCUACUACAUCCGCACAGGGGGCAACUUCCGCGCCUUGGGCGAGAUACUGCGAAACGUCUCCAAAGAAGGUCAGAAAGGUGCGGAUGCGGUCAUCAAUCUGGUGGAGCAGUGGUACAAGCGGAGGGUGGAACCAAUCCAAAGGAAAUUGGAUGACCAGGAAGUGAAGGACUAUCUCCUCAAGGUGGCAGGGGCAGGACCCAUGGGGUAUCUCCCAGAGAGCGACGAAGACACCAAAAUGGCGUUGAAGCUUCUUCGUGAGGAGCCAGCAGACUGCGUCCUGAGGAGUACAACCAGUGAAACUGUGGCUUUGAAGCAUUGGCAUUUCGUCGCCAAGCUCUUUCAAGAGGAUGAGCAGAAGUUAAGGGAUGCAGGAUACAUGUGGGCUUCGCCGGUGAAAAAAAAUGUGGCGCUUGAGAUGUUUUGUGGGUGA